CACUCGAUAUUGCUGAAAUAUUGAUCGUUAGAGCGUCGCAGACACAUAUCCUCUGACACCUACCCGCAUGCUGCAGACUUCAUCCCUAGCUUCCAUGCGCGCAGCUCCACCAUGAUCAAAGCCAUCUUCUACAGCAAAUUCGACACCCAGGAGGGCCCGAAGGUCGUUCACCAGGUCCCCGAUGGAGCUAUCGUCCCCUCCUCCACUGCUCCCGCGCAACACGUCUUCUUAACAUUCUCGGACAUCUCAUUCUUCGUGAUCCCGCGCCAGGAGCUCUGCGGCAACCUUCUCCAGGUCUGCACCAAUGGAUACCGUAUUCUGGGAUACCCGACCUGCAUGAAAUCCCCUCGCUACGACCGCAAUGAAUUCAUCUUCAACUUUUGUGUGGUGCUGGCCGAGGAGGAGGAUUUCAGCACUUACAAGAGCGUGGUGCAGAAGCUGGCCGACAUGAUGCAUGCCCUGGAGGAACAGAACGGGUUCUUGUCGCGCGAUUUCUCGAAGAGCGGCGAGGGCAAGGUGUACAGUCUUUGCGAGAUGCUGAUGGAGGAUCUGAAUAAUUACUGCGAGUGCAUGAUACCCAUUGAUGAGCUCAACACAUUGAACAUUAAGCUCUUCCCUAUAUAUCCUUCUCCACCGCAUGUCAAGGCCUGGCAGGUUCCUCUAUUUACGGUACGAUACCAGGCUUUCAUGGACGAGAAUUGGGACCUGGCAUUGCAGCGAGUUGUACCUCAUGUCAACGGCAUCAACAGCGUUCGCAUUAUCUCCAUUUUGGCCGACACAGACUUCUCCCUCACCUGCCGCGUAAUUCGACACUUACUGUACUACGGUUGUCUCUUCCUCUUAGACAUUUUUUCCUUCUCUGCAAUCUAUGCACCAACAGCGCAGUUCAGCUGCACCAUCGCGCAAGACGAGGCAAUGCAACUCGAGUGUGCACGCUACGUAAACACUCGCUUCGCACCACACCCCGCCAUCGGCCCCCGCUCACCACUACCUCCAGUCCCAGUCGCAGGGACCAGCGGUAGCAGCAGUGGCGCCGCCGGGCCAUUAGUAGGCUCCCUCACAGACCCAGCAGCGAGCAUAUCCCGCAGCGAGUCACGCUUCGACGCAGAAGAGAUUUGGCCUCUACUAGGUGAUCCUGAAGACACAACCAACGGCACCAAUCUACCAUACACUCCCGAAACGCCAGAACAUGACAUCCCUCAUGCAGGACGAUUCCCCAGCGUCGUCGAUGGCGUGGGCAUCAUCGAGCUCUACGCAAGCCUUAAACAAGGCCAGAGCGUCAAACAAUGGUACUCGCAGCACAGCCGCGAGCUAGCCAAUAUCGAUAUCCGUCGAUUCAUCACCUUCGGCGUGAUCAAGGGCUUCCUUUACCGCGUGCACAAAUACGCCUGCGCAACUGGCCAGCCUGCCUCCGCGGCUCGCUCUUCAUCUGUUAUCCCAGCUCAUACCUCGACCGGUCCCUCAUCUCGCGGUACUACCGGUACAAAUACGCCCUACACUGCCUCUAGUGUCGACGACGAAGCUCCUAUUUCAUCAGCGCCAAGACGCGAGACGAGUCGUGAGCGUGCGCCUUCGCUUCAGAGCGGGAGUCGGAGUGGAAUUGGAGGGAGUGUACCGUCGGGGCUACUUGAGGAAGAUGAGGAUGAAAUUGAUGAUCGGACGUUAUCGAAGUAUCUUGAUGGGACGCAUUGUUUUGAUCAGAUCUGUACGGAGUUGGAGAUCAGUGAGCGUGAGUUGACGGCUAGAUUGAAGCGAUAUCCAGGGGAGGUGUUGAUCGUCCACCGGUGA